GAGACGGCGCGUCUGACAGGGAGGAGCUUUAAUAAUAAACUUGUUCUGUUGUCUGCAGUGAUAUCAUAACCCCGCAGCAUGAAGGUGCGCUCAUGUGACAGCUGCUCAUCCUCGUCCUCUGGCAGAACUCAGGUGCAGUAACCGGGGCUAAAUGGCGGGCAUGGGGAGCAAAAGGAGGAAGAACGCCAGCUGAUUCCCUUCUAUACAUCCACAGCCUGCUGCCUGCAGCCAAGCUGAAAAACAGAGAUGGCUCAAUCCAUCCGAAGGCCGGAGAGUUUAGGAGGCGUGAACCUCAAACCACAGGGGGAAAAGACCAGGACUGGCUACUUCUGCAACGUGAAGAGCAGGUUAGGCUCCAAGCUUCCUGCUGGUGUGUCUCAGCCUCCUCGCUUUGCGAAGCCACCCUGGGAGACCCAACCUCAAUCCCAAAUCAUGCCGAAUACCGUAGGAAGUGGACAGCGCAAGAACGAGCCCGUCGUGAGGCGACCUCUCGACCACAUCCCCCACAUCAGAAACCCUAAGCUGCGGCAAUACUACCUGCAAGGGACCGCAUGGGAGCUAAGCAACACUGCAGUGACUGUUGAGGAACCACUAGAUGGCAGCACAUCCAGCACUGGUCUCCCCGGUGACACGGUGUUCAGCGUUUCAUCACAGUUCAGCUGUAAGGAUGGACCCCUGGGGGAAAAGAGCAAAACGGGCCAAUCUUUCUCCCAUAAUUCAACACGACCCAGCUCUGAUACCCCCAUAGUGAAAGAGCAGCUGGUCUCAAAGAGAAAGGACGCUUCUGUCAGCGGAAAAUCCUCCCGACCAGAACUGGACUCCAACGAAAGGAAGGAGGUAGAUGCAGAUCGUUGCUGUUUGGAUUCUGCCCCUGCUCAGCCUCAGUCCCCCUCACCGGAGGCAGAAUAUGACAAACUACUGGAUGUGGAGGCGGUGCCGCUGCCAGACGGACACCUUUGCUUGUUGGCUCUGCCUCCUGAGUGCUGCCAGGGCGAGCGGCCGGAGCCCAUGCUGUACCUCAAACUGUUCUGCCACCACAUUACCGACGGAAAGGGUGUGGUUUCUGGCAUCCUGGUCGUGACGUCCAAUAAAAUCUUCUUCGAUCCGUCAAAGACCCAUCCUCUGGUGACGGAGCAUGGCUUUGAGAACUACCUCCUGUCCUUCACCGUUGACAGCCUGGCAUCCAUCUCCUUCUUCUCUGAUAGUUCACACGUUCACUUCAACACCUCCCUGCAGAGAAGGAAAGGAAAAACAAAGAACAUUUUUCAGAAGCUCAAAGUCACCAAAAGCAAAGGAGGAAGCGUCCAGGGAGAAAAGCAGGAGGAGUUGCCUCCAGCUCUGGUUUCUGCUGCUCCAUCAGUGCUGCCCAGUCCCUCACUGGGUCUAACCAAGGAGGAGGAGACGGAGAGCACAGACAUGGCUGCUGUGGAGGGGGGGCUGGAUAGCGGCUCUCUUGAGGUGCAGCCUGAGGACCCCUUGGGAAGUCUGGCAGUCCUGAGCAGCGCCGCCACCUUCUGCUGCGGAGGUCCAGAGGCAGAGCUGCCAGACGCAGAAAAAUCUGCAGAGAGUGAGACCACAGAUGCUCCUCAGAGGCCAUCGGCGGGAAGUCUAGGGGGGUUGAUGUUUGUACGACUGCGGGUUCAGUCGUCUGCGACAAGGAAGAAAAGUUCAGCUAAAACUUUAUCCAGAAGGGACACCUGGCUGGCUCUGUCACAGGAAAGAUCCGACGAGCUGCGCUCCUACCUGAAGCUUUGGCGGCCUGACCUGUGUCUAUUGGAGGGGGAGGAGGAGGGGGAGGCAGACCACGACGAAGAGGAGUUUGUUCUAGUCGAGGAUAAAGGAGAGGAGGAAGAAGAGGAGGAAGAAGAGGAUGAAGAGACGCUGCAGACACUCCGUGGCUCAGGGGACGACUGGGAGAUGGUUUUGAUGGAGGAGAAUAAAGAGAAAUCAAGCGUGGUGAUUGACAAGGAACCUGAAGGGAUCAUUAACGUUGUGGAAAACAGCCAAAUUCUGGAAGCUUCACAUGUCAGAGAGCUGAGUCAGGAGCUUCCCCCCAGGACGGUGGGCCGCACAUGGCAGCUGGCGUACAGCACGUCCCGCCACGGCGCCAGCCUCAAGUCUCUAUACAGGAAACUGGGCAACACUGACUCCCCUGUGCUGAUUGUGAUUAAAGAUGCACUGGAUGAGCUUUUCGGGGCUUUCCUCUCCGAGCCUUUGAAACCCAGUGAGAAGUUUUAUGGUACGGGAGAAACCUUCCUCUUCAUGUUGCAUCCACGUUUUAAGUGCUUCAGGUGGACAGGAGAGAACUCGUUUUUCAUUAAAGGAGACUUGGAUUGCUUCGCCGUAGGCGGCGGAAGGGGUCACUUCGGCCUGUGGGUGGAUGAGAACCUGUAUUUGGGCCGCAGCAGUCCGUGCUACACCUUCAACAACUGCUCCCUCUCUGAAACAGACGACUUCCGCAUCAUGGAGCUGGAGGUGUGGACAUUCAGCUGAGGAGAUUGCUGAUCAUUGAGACGAAGCUGCUUAUCCAUCACAUCCACAUAGAUUAUCAAACGGGAUCUCUGUGCUGCGGACUCUGUCCCUGAGGGGGUUUAGAUGGUCGACUCGGCUUCACCAACCUGAACUAUUAGACUGGAUUCUUUCCAUCCAUUCUUUGAAUGGGGUUGGCUGCCACUCUGAGGAUGCUCUUUGCUCCAAUUAAAUUAGCACCUUCCCAUUAUCUUAUAGUUUAACAUGAAUAAAUCCUAAUAUGAUCCUCUCCCUGCCAUUUUAAUGCAUGACUGUAAUUAUCUUAUAGACUUCACAGGUACCAUCCUGCUCUCCAUCACAGCUAAUCAUCACAUCGCGGCGCUGGAGAAGGAGCUAAAUUAAGGCUGUUUUUGUUCUGCAGCUGUAACUGUAGUUUAACCUCUGAUUGAAGGUUCUACCUGUGGAUUCAUUCAUGGAAAUCUGCUUAACGUAAAUGGAAAUGUUGUAAAAUGGAUCUGCUGGGUUGGUCAGAGGUUGAAACCCACUCAUCAUCAUCAUCAUCAUCAUCUGCAUGGAGCUCAUAUU